GAUAAAGAUCCACAACGGCUAGGUGAAGGCUAUGAUACGGUGGGUAAAGACUCUCAACAUGUCACAGUCUUUGGUCAGAAUUCUGCAGAGGUAAGAGAAAAUCACAAUCUUGUGAAAGCAACAGUUUGCUCAAAAUUAGGAGCAGAAGUAGGUAAGGAGGUUGAAAAAGGUGGAGCUGAAGUUGAUUUAUCAGUGGAGGUAGAGGUGGUAGCGCUGACACAAGAUGAUAGAUGGGAGGUUGUGGGUGAAAAAUUAAGUAACAACACAGACAAUUUUUCUGCGCAGCAGGAAGAAGACAGAGAAGAAGGUGGAUCGAAUGGACUAGGUCUUGGGGAAAAAAGUAGUGGUGGGUCUCCUUUAAUGUGUGUCUCCAACUUGGGGUGUGGGCUGGAUGGGUUGGGCCCAAUAGGGGUUGAAAAUAACCAGGUGGACAAAAAACAAAAAAAAGUGGUAAUAUGGGAGGAUGAGGUGGAUAAGAGAUACGUUGAUAUUUUGAGGGGUAGUUGCUCCAAUUGGGCUGGACUACCAAUUGGGCUGGGCCAAGAGAAACUGUCUGCAGAGAACCAUCUCACUAAAUUUUUAAAAGACAAGGGAGUGGCUAAGCUGGCUUUAGAAUAUGAAUUAGAGGUGCAACAAGAAAAUACUGGCCGUGUAACACAAGGGACGGGACAGCGGAGCAAUUUAUUAAAGGGAGGAGGAGGUCAUACAAAGAAGGCAGCUGGAGGUUUUGGAGGGUUUACUAUGUGUGAUAGGUUGGUCCAAGCGGUUCAAAGGGGGGGACGUGGUAAGAAGGGAAAGAGGAAGAAGAAAGGAAAAACGGAGAAUAAAUAUGAGGUCGAAGGGUCAAAUGAUUCAAUUAGCAACGAUUCUACAGAGUUGGAGGGUGUUGUUGGAUGUCAAAAAAGUAUACAAGUUUCAGCAAUAAAAGUGGUCCUUGUAGAAGGUGAAUCAAAUGUUGUGUGCGACUUGGAAAAUCGGGCGUAUCGUAUAGAAGCAGAGAGGCUAUUUAAUAUAGGUUUAAACAUGGGAGCUACAAGUAUCGUUGAGAGAAUUUCAAUGGUAGAAAGACUUAUGGAUAUGGAAGCAAAUGAUGUUACCAGAGAGAAAAAGAAGGUGAGAGAGUUGAUCGGGAGACAAAGGGUGGAGUUAAUUGCUUUACAAGAAACAAAACUUGGGGAAGUGGAUAGUAAGCUUUGUGCUCGGCUUUGGGGUGGAGACAAUGUUGGUUGGAGAAACUCUAUAGCAAUUGGUAGGAGUGGCGGGUUGCUAACUAUGUGGGACAUUAACAAAGGUUCCUUGUUGUCGUCAUUUCAAGGGCAAGGCUACUUGGGAGUUUGCUUAGAAUGGGGGGUGAAGAAACUAAGGUGUGUUAUUUUGAAUGUAUAUGCACCAUGUUCUCUAAAUGCGAAGAAGACGCUUUGGGUGGAUUUAUUGGUUGCUAUGCGGGUCUACGGUGCUGAUCAUUAUUGCAUUCUAGGAGACUUUAAUGCGGUAAGGAGUAGGGAGGAAAGGAAGGGGGUGAGAGUAGGCGGAGAGGUUGUUGAGGACAUGAGACUUUUUAAUAUCUUCAUUGAUAACACCGGGUUGAUCGAUCUACCACUCAUGGGAAGAAAAUUCACUUGGAUGCAACCAAAUGGGAGGUGCUUAAGCCGAUUGGAUAGGAUUUUGGUGUCUCAAAAUUGGCAUAUGGAGUGGGGUAAUGUGUCUCUUUGGGGUCUAAAGCGGGAUGUGUCGGAUCAUAGCCCAAUUCUUUUAAAGUACGAUGAUCAUGAUUGGGGCCCGAAACCCUUUAGAUUCAAUAACUUUUGGUUGAGUAAUCCUAGCUUUCGGAAGGUGGUUAGUGACGCUUGGGGAUCCUUUGAGGUUAGGGGUUGGAAGGGGUAUGUAGUGAAGGAGAAGAUGAAAUUGCUUAAAGGGUCUCUCAAACUAUGGAACAAGGAGGUUUAUGGUAACAUUGAUAAAAAAAUUGAUGACCUCACAUUUGCAAUUGAGGAAUUGGAGAUCAAAAGCGAAUCGUUGGGGUUAUCCGAAGAGGAACUUGUCAGGGUCAAAAUGGCUUAA